AAACCCAGACACAACUGGCCCGUGGAGAUGAUGUGUAACCUGCUCCUAUCAUGGACCUUCCUGCUGGUAGCCUCUGGCUCGCUAUUGGCCCAUCCCAUCACAGACUCUGCAGAGAUGCCCUACCUGGGUCCUGUAUCUCUGGAGGAUGGUGGUGCAGGUAGUCCAGACGAGCUGUCUUUCUCUGAGCAGACAUACCUGCCCCAGUCUGGCCCUGGACUCAGAUACUCAUCCUUACUGUCUGGAGAGCUGAGCAGAGAUGGUCUCAGUGCAGCUGGACUACUACCAAGACAGAUGAAGACAGAUGUGUUGCUGGAGAAACAGAGUCACCUAAGUCCCGUCAGUCGCUUCUUUGGCAUCAGGAAGCCAUUCAGAAAGAGAGGAGGCAACUCAGAGUGUUUCUGGAAGUACUGUGUCUAA